UCAACUGAACAUUAGACACAAUCAAACUUCCAUAACCACUCAUCCACCCCAUCUCUAUAUAUACACACACACACACACUCGACAUUAGCUGUCCUAUACACUUAACAACAACGACAGCAACAACAACUCUUGAUGAUCAAUCUCUUCUAGCUCCCAAUUAAUCCUACACUUUUAAUUAGUUUCUUAACCUGAUAAUUACAAUUAAUUACAUGGAGGAAGAGCAGCCUGGUGUUGGAGGCGGAGUAAGCCCCUCCGGGUCGUCCAGCGGCAUCAGCUCGUGCUACCGGGGGGUCAGGAAGCGGAAAUGGGGCAAGUGGGUAUCGGAGAUCCGUGAACCCGGGAAGAAGAACCGGAUAUGGCUGGGCAGCUUCGAGACACCUGAGAUGGCUGCCGCUGCGUACGACGUGGCCGCAUUGCACUUCCGGGGCCGUGAUGCCCGCCUCAACUUCCCCGAGCUCGCUCACGCCCUCCCUCGCCCUGUAAGCUCCGACCCGGAUGACAUCCGAGCUGCCGCCCACGAGGCAUCUCUUCGGCUCCGUCCAGGCCGUACGUCCACGGUUGCAAUUGCGGCGGAGGGCGCUGGAGUUGUCGACAGCACCUCCUCGCCCAGUCCGAUGACGGUGCGGCUUUCGCCGAGCCAGAUUCAGGCGAUCAACGACUCGCCGCUGGACUCGCCGAAGAUGUGGAUGCAAAUGCCCGAGGAUUUCAUGAUCAAUGAGCCUCCCGAUUUUGGCACUUAUGGUGGAGAGGUUGAUGAAGAAUAUGGAGUCUGGCAAAACGACUCUCUUUGGGACCCUUGACGUUCAAAUUCUUAUCCUUUCAUUUUCUUUUUAUUUCAAAAACUAAUUAUUGAUUAAAAAAAAGGAAUUAUUGACUACUGAUUAAAACCGGUUUUAGAAGGAAAAAGGAAAUUACCAACUCAUUUUGUUUUUGCUGAAAAGCUAAUGGAAUAUUUUGGCUCCACACUUGCCCAGUGGGUCCUCAAUGUGAUGUAUGGCUGCCAGAAAUCUCCACGUAAACCUCCAAAAAGUUUUUUUGGGUGGAAAAGCCGUUUUAAUUUUUUUUUAAUCAACUCUAUCGUUCUACGGCAUAUUCAGAGAAACAGAUUGGCAGUGUAUUUUUCGGUGUGACAUAAAAAAAUGCUUGAAUUAUAUUUAGAAUGGUUUUUAUUAAUUAAUAACGAAUAAAGCUUUUCUUUUUUCCUUCUUUUUUCCUGGUGGAAACGAAUAAAAGCUUGACAAUUGCUGAUUAAUCAAUUGAACACGGUCUGAUCAAAUUUGUUUUACGAGUGGCGCGUGAUAGCUAAUUAUAAUUAAUAAUUUGUUUGUGCCCUCAUGGUUUUCAGUGGCAGGGAACCGUUCCCCGAUGAUCAUAAAGAGAUUAAGGCGAUUGGGCCUAAUCAUCUAUCCAAUAAUAAUUCACUUUACUGACAUGCCAUGACAAUUCAUUCUGUUUGGGCUCAAAGUGAUCAGUGAAGUUCUCAAAGUCCGAUGUUGUAAUAUUCUCUUGCCUGGACUUUAAAUAAAAGCAGGUGGGGGAGAGAGAGAAUAAUUGUGCGUGUGGUUUGUGUUCGUGUGGGCGUUAGCGGGUCCAUCUCUGUACUAAAAUAAAAUUAGUGUGCGUGUGUGUGUACUUCUCAAUUGGUCAUGAUAUAUAUACAUUGUGGUGUGAAAAGACAUUUCGAUCGUGAUGCACACCAUUGAGCU